GAUUUUGUAGUAGUUUUAUAAACAAAGUAACUGCUUCCGUUUGAAAGUCUUUGCAUAAUUUUUUUAGAACUAAUAAAUUUUUACGGCUCAUAAAAAUAAUCUUCAACGUUUGCCCGCUACAUUUGACCUAUUGGGAGCCAGCCACAUCGAUUGCAAAGAUCUCUGGAAACUUUUGAUGCUGGCGGCGUUCUUAUCGCAAUCAUCAUCAGCGGAACAGACGAUAACAGCAACAACAUGACACAACAGAGUGAUCGGGACGGCAAUAAACCCGCUGUGGAGGGAAAUAACGAUUUAAAACAAUUCGUUAAUAAUUCGCCAGUGCUGCGCAUUGCGGUCUAUGGCAUGUCGGAGCUAAUCAACACGCGACUAUCUGCUAAGGCCCUCGACAUAUGCUUGGAACUACUUGGAGCAGGUGUCCAUCCAAAGGCGCUUGCCGACGUUAUAUUACACACCAUGGAUGCCAAAGAGAAACGUUCCGGCCGUCCAUUCGUUUAACUAAACUGGAUUUCACUAACUAUUAUGUGUGUUAUCAAAAUGAAAAACAACGCUCACGUAUAAUGCGAAAUUUUAGAUUAGGUGAACAACAAUCAGCGGAUGGGCCACCUGCAAACGUCUAGACAAUUAUACCUUCCAUAAAAACAAACAAACCUGAUAGCAAGCACAAAACGUUGUUAAUCUGUUGUUAAGUGUUAUAAAAAAAGAAAUUGUUAUAUUUAGUAUUUAUCAAUUUUAUUAAUAUAGUAUCCUUUCCCCUAAAUCGAACUUAGCGUGCAUAAAUAAAAAAAUAUAUAUAAUAUAGAAUAGUAUAGUAUAAUAUAUAAUUUAAGUACUCUUUCUCUCUCUACUUCGUCUUGUCAACGAACAGCACAUGCUUAACAUCCUCUUCGGUGAGAUCCUUGUCGCCCCAACCCCACAGUUCAUGGCUGCCAUCGCCAGUGCGUCGCACACGACGCUCAAUUGUCUCGGGUGCCACCGAUUUCAGAUCGUAGGCCCAGCCGAUCUUGGCAAAGAAAUCAAUGAACGCAGUGGUCAUGUUGAGCGUAUAUCUGCCCCAUUCGGCGGUCUUGUAAUCCCAGGGGAAAACAUGAUGAUAGUUGUGCCAGCCCUCGCCGAAGGUGAAUGCGGACACGUAAGGACUCUGGGAUGGAUUGAUGUGCCUGCAAAGAAGUACAAGAUUAGUUGAGGUACACUAGAGGAACAGCAAGAUAAGGACACAUACUUGUCAUAGGGACGUCCACCGAAUUUGUGAGCAGCACUGUUCACCAGCCAGGUCAUGUUGAGCUGGAAGCACCAACGGAACAUGGUGGCCACAAACCACGAGUUCAUCAGCGUCUCAUUCCACAGAUACAUGGGUGCCAAAGUGGGCAGAAUAAAGCAAGCCAGCGGCAUGAGAAUCAUAUAGUGUCUGCAAGAUAUUUACAAACACAUUAGCAAACAAGUAAAGUUGGAAUUCAAAUUAAGUUGACACUCACUUCAGCUGGAACAUGAGAAUGCGAUCGGCACGCAGAUCGGACAGAUCCAAGCCUUUGCCCUUGGCCACCACAUCGGGAUGCUUCUUGCACAGCAGCCAACCGACAUGUGAGAAGAAGAAGCCACGUGUGGCAUUAUGGGGAUCAGCAUCGGUUUCCGAGUACUUGUGAUGCACACGAUGAUCGCGUGCCCAGUGGAAGGCGGCAUCUUGGAAGGCGAUCGUGUUGAAUGUGAUCAGUAUCAAGCGGAGUGGCCACUUGGCCUUGUAGGAACGAUGCGCCCACAGGCGAUGGGCGCCUCCAGUAAUGCCGAUCAUGCCCAUCGUAUAAAGUACAAUAGCUGCAAUUUAAAUCAUCAAGUUAAUUUGAAAUGUAAAAUGUAAAUGUUUUGACUUACAGAAUGCAACCGUUGCCCAUUUGGCUUUAAAUAGGAACAAGUAUCCACCGUAUAGAGCGGCCAAAUGCAAAUAACCGAAUAGAAUAAUAUUACGCCAGACCCAUUUCAAUUUGCGUUUAUCGGCCUUCUUCAAUUGCGUUAUGUCACCAGCCAGGGCGCAGUCAUUAGUUUCCGCAUCGGCCUCAAAGAGCACUCCGGUUUGCUUGGAUGCAUUUGGAUUCUCCUUGGAUUGCAGCAGCUCCUUCUCGUUGUCACAGGCGGGCAACGAGUCCGCUGGUCUAGAGACGGCGUUUGG